AUGCCUAAUAUUCCUAAGCAAUUAAACUUUCUCAAUCGUAUUAGUUAUAAUACGCCCAAAGCACACGUUCGUCUAGAUCCUUCACGUUACAGUGGACUAAAACUGGUAUUUCAAUAUGAAAAUCAUAAUGGCCAAAUGGGUGCACGUAAAUUUUGGAAUCAAUAUCUACCAACGCUGAAAUUCUACAACCCUGAAUUGCAAAUGGAUGUACUCAGAAUCAGGAACUCUAAUUUGAGAGAUGCUACAACGCCUUGCUAUUUGGAGGCAUUAGAUAGAGAUGGCAAGGUAAUCCAAACUUUACAAAUGAAGAACAAGCGUUCCGAUACAAUUUUGGACGAAUUUAACCAGCUUUUUGAGCUUGAACAAAUACCAAAUGACCAAUUGAUUCAACUAAAAAGGAACUAG